AUGAAUAGAGCAAGUGAAAGCGAAGAAAUCUUAGAUCUUUAAAAUAAUAGCAAGAAUUUCAAGUAAAUUAUCUAAAAAUAAGUAUUAGCAAAAAAGGCAAUCGACCAUAGCAUUAUUAAAGGGUUAACGCUAAUUUACGCUAAUAAAUAAUAGAAUAAGCCUGCAUUAAAGGCUAACCAUUAAGAUAGGUUUAAACAAUAAAAUUAUGAUUUAGAUUGCAUAAAACUUAGGAAUUAAGUACUCGACAGCUAAAGCGAUUGUCUAGGUAUAUUAAAACGAAGGUAGAAUAGGAAAAAAAAGAACAAGAGAUAAAAGAAUUUAUCAAGAAAUAGAAACUUAUAUAUUGAUUGUCAAUAAGUAAACAGGAAAGAUAGAAAAAAAGAAGCUUAAAUCAGAAUGCAAUGACCUGAAAUCAAAUUUCGAAAAUGCUUCCAGAAAGUAAAAGUAUAAAAUAUAGAAGUCUUGAAGAAAGUCAUUAUUCUCAAAUUGCUCAAUACUUAGGAAAGUAUAAUCUUGAUUUUGGUAAUGAGAAUCUUGAAUAAUAAAAUGAAAGUGUGAAUAAUCUAGUGAAAAUCUUAAAUUAAUAAUACAAAUAAUUUUAGGAAUCUAAUGAAAAUGAGUUAUGA